AAAAUCUCAUCUUAUAUUCCAUUGCAUUUGGAUAUCGAUCCACCUUCUUCUUCUUCCAUCUCUCUCUCUCUCUCUCUCUAGAACUUAACCAUGUUUUCAAGAAGUCGAACACUUCCAAGUAGAAUCCACCAUGGAACAUUGGAAGAAAGCAGAGACAUGAGGCAGUAUCUGCAAAUAGAAACCCGACCAAAACCCAAACCCAAACCCAGCGAAGACGACACUGAAACCAUGAUUGUCCCUCAGCCUCCUUAUUCCAAGUGCUUUGACGAUGAUGGUCGCUUGAAACGAACAGGCACUGUUUGGACUGCGGCAUCACACAUAAUCACAGCAGUGAUAGGGUCAGGUGUGCUGUCGUUAGCUUGGGCGGUGGCGCAGCUUGGAUGGGUGGCUGGACCCAUUGUGAUGAUGCUCUUCGCUUUAGUCACUCUCUACACUUCCAACCUUCUCUCUCAGUGCUACAGGUGCGGCGAUCCAUCCAGUGGAAAGAGAAACUACACUUACAUGGAAGCUGUCAAAGCCAAUUUAGGGGGACGAAGAGUGGCAAUUUGUGGAACAAUUCAAUAUUUGAAUCUGUUUGGGGUUGCGAUAGGUUACACAAUUGCAGCCUCAAUAAGUAUGAUGGCCAUAAAAAAGACAAGUUGUAUCCACCAGACUAAAGGGAAAGAUCCAUGUAAAAUGUCAAGCAAUGGCUACAUGAUUGCAUUUGGAAUCAUAGAGAUAUUACUUUCUCAGAUCCCUGAUUUUGAUCAACUCUGGUGGCUAUCUAUAGUUGCUGCGAUCAUGUCUUUCACCUACUCUUCAAUUGGCCUUGGUCUUGGCAUUACAAAGGCAGCAGAGAAUGGAAGCUUUAAAGGGAGCUUAACUGGUGUUAGCAUAGGAAACGAAAUAACUGCCAUGAAAAAGAUGUGGCGAAGCGUGCAAGCUCUUGGAGCUGUUGCCUUUGCUUAUUCUUUCUCCGCUAUUCUCAUCGAGAUUCAGGAUACAGUAAAAGCUCCUCCAGCAGAGCAUAAAACCAUGAGAAGGGCUACAUCGAUCGGUAUUACUGCGACUACGAUAUUCUACAUGCUUUGUGGAUGCAUGGGCUAUGCAGCAUUUGGAGACCUAGCACCAGGAAAUCUUCUUACAGGUUUUGGAUACUUCAGUGCCUAUUGGAUCCUUGACAUUGCCAAUGUUGCAAUUGUGGUGCAUCUGAUCGGUGCAUAUCAGGUCUAUUGUCAGCCUUUGUUUGCAUUUGUGGAGAAAUGGAGUGCAAAGAAAUGGUCGAAGAGCGAUUUCGUGGUAAACGAAUAUAAAAUGGCCAUUCCUUUCUGUGGUGUCUACCAACUAAACCUAUUCCGUGUAAUAUGGAGGACAAUCUUUGUAAUGGUGACUACAGUGAUUGCCAUGCUUCUUCCCUUCUUCAACGAUGUUGUGGGAAUACUUGGAGCUCUUGGGUUUUGGCCACUCACUGUCUACUUCCCAGUUGAGAUGUACAUUGCUGAGAAGAAGAUAGGAAGAUGGACAAGUAGAUGGCUUGGACUUCAGAUACUCAAUGUCUCUUGUCUCUUCAUCACUAUAGUUGCUGCAUGUGGAUCUGUAGCUGGAGUUCUUACUGAUCUCAAAACGUAUAAACCUUUUGGGUCUAAUUGAUUAUUAAUGAUCAGAGGAGCUAGCUAGCCCAUCAUCUGUAGGAAAUAGAUUAAUUAGUUUCAGCAUAUAUGUCUAAGCAGUUACUGUUUGAGAUCUUCUCUUGCCCUUAUUCCCAAUCUGAAAAAUGUAGUCAAAGUAGCAACUUUUCUGAAUUCUGGUUACCUACAGAGAUUAAUAAAGUUUUCUCUCUCUACUUCUCAUCUGAAA